AAUUUUAUUGAUCGUUAAUUUAGCUAUAUAUGUUUAUAUAAACCCAAAAAGAGUAUAUAAGGUUUUUUAUUACAUCUGUGAUUAAUUACGCUUCCAUUCCCUCACACUUCGUCUCCGCUCUCCACGGUUCCGAGUCGCGAUAUGCAUCGUCUCCUCGCUCGCGCCUCUCGUCGGCAUCAAUGGCGACCGUUCCCCGCUCCACUGUCUCCUCCCUCUCCCCCUCAUCUCCACUACCCUCGAAGCUUCCGCUCCCAUGCGGCGUUGGAAGCCCUUCUACCCCACUCCGGCGCCACCGCCGCCGCCUCCGGCGGUGGCGGAGAACUCUCAGUGCGCCACCUCGCCCUCUACAACUACCCCUCCUUCUCCGGUGCCUUCGCCGCUCUCUUUGCUCACCUCUACCACUCUCGCCUCGAUCUCCCCUUCCUCGCGCUUCCCUUCUCCUCCGUCGAUCCACUGAGGGUGGAGGAUUUGAAAUCGGGAGGGUUUGAAACGUGCUAUCUCCUCGAUUUCAUCGGCCCGAACAGUUUCUCCGUGGAUAUCUCUCGAUUUAUUCCGCGGGUGAUCGCAUUUGACCAUCGCAAAUCAACGUUGGCGAGAGCUUCGCAAUUAGGGAAAUGCCCUGAUAAUCUCGAGCUGCGCAUCAAUACAAGCAAGAGUAGUGCUUGUGCUGUGUAUGAUUAUUUUUUGGAGAAGCUUAAUGAGGCUACGUCUCCUUUGGAUGAGUUUUCCAGCCUACUAAGUGAAGAAGAUGAGAACCGUCUGUCAACUGUUCUGAGAUAUAUAGAAGAUGCGGAUCUUCAGCAAUGGAAACUUCCCAAUGCCAAAGAGUUCAACAUUGGGAUCAGGGACGAGCGAGCAAAGUUGAAUUGUAUCACAAACCCUUAUGUUUUCAAGCAGCUCCUGGGAUGGGAUGCUAGUAAGUUUAUCGUCAAGGGUGAUUCGUAUGUUAGUUCCCGCCAGGAUGCUGCUAACAAGCUUCUCAAAAAGCCUUUCACGAUUCUGCUGGGACGAGGAUUAUAUGGCGAGUGCCUGGCAAUCAGGGCUGAUGGAUAUUCAGAUCUGAGUGAUGAAAUUGGCACGGAACUAAGUCGAAGAAGUGCGACAGCUGGUUUAAGGCCUAUAGGAGCUGUUGUGUUCAUGCAACGCGGUAUUUUCAAGAUGUGCUUAAGGAGUACGGACAAAGCGACUAAUACCUCUGAGAUUGCCAAGGCAUAUGGUGGAGGUGGCAACUCAAGUUCAAGUUCUUUUCCGCUGACAAUGGAUGAAUAUAACCAUUGGACAUCUACAAAUUCAUAAGAAUGUUAAAGGCAAAAGUGAAAUCAUUCAUUCUGUGUGACGGCUCCUCCUACUGUAUUAUUCUGAAAAGCACCGAGAGGGCAAACAUGGUGAAAAAAUGAACUUUCGCUCCAGCUGCUUCUCCAUGCUCAAAGCUAAGGAAAAUGGCCGCCGGCAAAUCUAUCCCCCGCCUACAAAUCUAUUACCGAAUUCGUUGGAUAAACAGACAUUUUCUCAUUGCCGGUGAAUUAUAAGUGUUUCUGAAUUGCCAUGAGGAGUCAAAGAGCAUGUCAGCAGUGGAUCCCACAAUUGUCUCAAUGGGCGAUCGUAAUCAAUCCUUGGUGGUGUUUACGUGCAAUACGAGUCCUCGACAGGCACGGGCCUAGAGCUGUUAGUGCUUCUACAAGCAGUACUCAAGUAGAAGUUCCGGCCAUCAGGGAGUUAGAGAUUGGGUGGUGGAUUAUUUCAGAUAUAUGUACGAUGACGAUUAUACUAGCCUGAAGUUGUUACUUCUUCUUUAGACAGCGCUCUAGAAGCUCCAGCCGGCACGUACUUUGUCAUGUAGAGCUUCUGUAUAUAUUUUUUUUGAGAAAAAGCUUCUGUAUAUAUUACUUCAGAUAUCUGUAAGAUGUGGCUAAAUGUUUCAUAUUGCUGGCUGCCUGAGAAGAGCUAUAGCACAGUUGCAUCUCAUGAAGAAGCUAUUUUUUCAUUUAUAUUUUGAGAUUAGUUUAUAAGAAUGAUAAUAAAUCAAAUUUUCAGGUGAUGGAUGACCUUGUAA